GUACGCUUAUGGAAACGUAAAUUGUACUUAUGGGCUGGCGAAGAACCAUCGGAAAGCUGUGCAUGCUCACCUGCCACGACAGAUGGAGAAAGUUCUGAUGGUGAAUCAGUGGACUCAGCUCCUUCAGUCCUUGUCUCUGACGACGAAAAUAGGCCAGCUUUGCUUGAUAUUAAGAUCGAGCCAGAUGCGGCGGCUUCACUUCUUAGCCACCUCGAUAUUGAUACAAAUACAAGUACACUGACAAAAAAAGACGAUGACGAAUCGACUCUGAAAGGAACAGCGGAACGCAGUGCUCUGGGUCCCCGUGAUUUUAGCCAGUUUCGGUGA